AUGGCGGAAUGGAGUCCAUCGUCCUGGACGUCAAAGCCUAUCAAACAAGAUGUCACAUACGAGGAUCCUGCAGCUGUAGAAUCAGCAUUAACAAAACUGCGAGCCCUUCCGCCCCUAGUGACUCCGCAUGAGAUUGUAGAUCUUAAGAAGAGGUUACGAAAUGUCGCUCUUGGGAAGGCAUUCGUCCUUCAGGGUGGUGAUUGCGCCGAACUUUUCGACUACUGCAAUCAGGACAUGAUUGAAGCCAAAGUCAAACUUCUCUUGCAAAUGAGUCUGAUUCUCAUCUGGGGGGCCAACAAGCCCGUCGUUCGUAUCGCUCGGAUAGCAGGUCAAUUUGCGAAACCCCGUUCAAGCCCCAAUGAAACGGUAAAUGGCGUUACAAUGCCCUCUUUCCGAGGUGACAACAUCAACGGAUUCGCAGCAACAGCCGAGUCUCGAAAGCCGGACCCAUCACGUCUAGUAUCAGCAUACUUCCACUCUGCGGCAACACUUAAUUUCCUUCGCGCUUCCUUAUCUUCUGGUAUUGCCGACCUGCGUACACCCUUGGACUGGGAGCUGGGCCAUGUCAUCACGCCGUCGAUCAAACAGAAAUAUGAAAAGAUAGUGAACUCCGUGACCGAUGCGCUACGCUUUAUGCAUACAGUUGGUCUAGAUCAAGAUCGUGGUGUCCAGACGGCAGAAAUUUUCACUAGUCAUGAGGGCCUUUCCCUCGAAUAUGAGCAGAGCUUCACUCGUCUCCUCCGUCAUCCUCCGGAUGCGUUGCCCGCACCUACACAAAGCCAAGAAAAGACACUCCGCCGUGGAUCGUCAGCUGCGAUACCAAAGGGGUACUAUGAUACAUCUGCCCACUUUCUGUGGAUUGGAGACCGAACGCGCCAAGUGGACGGCGCGCACGUUGAGUUCUUCCGAGGCCUUAGCAAUCCAAUCGGCAUCAAAAUCGGACCUAGCAUGGCAAACGAAGAGCUUGUGGAGCUCCUAAACACCGUCAACCCGACAAAAGAAAUCGGCAAAGUCAUACUUAUCUCCAGAUAUGGCGCUGAGAAAAUUUCACAGUUCCUUCCGGGCCAUAUUGCUGCUGUACAGGCCGCUGGUCAUCUACCAGUCUGGCAGUGCGACCCGAUGCAUGGAAACACACAGUCGACUCCUUACGGAGUCAAAACGCGGCAUUUCACCAAUAUAUUAUCAGAACUUAAACAAGCAUUGGAGAUACACAGAGCUGCAGGCAGCUUCUUGGGCGGUAUGCAUCUCGAGCUCACGGGUGAGGCAGUGACCGAGUGUGUCGGAGGUGCAGCAGGGCUCACUGAGGAAGGACUCUCAGAGCGCUAUGAGACUUUCUGUGAUCCACGACUAAACGAGAAGCAAGCCUUGGAACUGGCGUUUUUGGUUGCUGGUUUUUAUAGAGACGAGGAGCAAUAG